AUGGCCGAUACUAUUUUACCCGACUUGAGAUCCUCGGGGACUCAGCCUGGGGGCUCCAAACCGAUCAAAUCUCAACGACACCUGCGCGUAAUCUGCGUGGGAGCUGGAGCGUCUGGCCUGUUGUUUGCAUAUAAGCUCCAGAGGUCGUUUGACGAUUUUUCGCUGGUACUGUACGAGAAGAAUGGCGAGCUCGGGGGCACAUGGUUCGAGAACAGAUAUCCCGGCUGUGCAUGCGACAUCCCGGCACAUACCUACACCUGGUCCUUUGAACCCAAACACGACUGGUCUGCCGUCUAUGCCGGAAGUCGAGAGAUAUACCAGUAUUUCAACGACUUCAGCGACAAGUACAAGCUACGACGCUACGUGAGAGUGAAACACCAGGUUACCGGGGCGAGAUGGGACGAGAAAGAAGGCACUUGGGAUGUCACGGUCCAGGACCUGCUCUCUGGCAAAACCUUUCCAGACCGCUGCGAUAUCUUCAUUAAUGCCGGCGGGAUCCUCAACGCCUGGCAGUGGCCGCGGAUUCCUGGUCUCCAAUCUUUCAAAGGUCCAUUACUGCACAGUGCAAAUUGGGAUGACAAGACGGUUCUCGAAGGUAAAACUGUCGGCCUGAUCGGAAACGGGUCUUCCGGGAUUCAAAUUCUCCCAGCUAUUCGCCCGAUUGCUAAGAAGGUCACGACCUUCAUCCGUGAGCCAACUUGGGUCUCGCCAGUACAAGGCCUCGAGGGUCGAACAUACAGUCGUGAGGAGCGAGAAAGCUUCGUAAGGGACAAGGGAAAACUCCUCGAAUAUCGCAAAGGCAUCGAAUCCGCGCUGAACAGCCAAUUUGCCAUCUUCCUUCAAAACACGCAGGUCCAGCGGGAUACCCGCCAGCACAUGCAAAAGCAGAUGUCGGAGAAGCUUCACGAUCCCGUCCUCGAGGACAAGCUGAUCCCGAAGUGGUCGGUGGGCUGCAGGAGACUGACCCCCGGCAUUGGCUAUUUGGAGUCUCUGAAGGCGGACAACGUCGAGGUCAUAUACGGAGAAAUCCUCAAAAUCACGCCCGCAGGUUGUGUUUGCGACGACGGUCGAGAGCAUUCCGUGGAUAUCUUGAUCUGUGCCACCGGGUUCGACACGUCCUUCAAAUCUCGCUUUCCUGUCCUCGGGACCAAGGGCAAGAACCUGCAGGAUGAGUGGGCAGAAGAGCCUGCUUCUUAUCUCGGCAUUGCCGCCCCAGGGUUUCCAAACUAUUUCAUGUUUCUGGGCCCCAACUGUCCUAUUGGGAAUGGGCCGGUCUUGACGGCGAUUGAGGCGCAAGCCGAUUAUAUCUUGAAACUCAUCAACCGCUGGCAGACGGAAAACAUCCACUCCAUGUCACCCAAACUCGAGGCGGUCAAGGAUUUCAUUGCGUACAAAGACUCGUUCAUGUCGAAAACGGUGUGGCAUGAAGAGUGCCGCUCGUGGUACAAGAACAACUCGGCUUCGGGCAAGAUCGCCGCCCUGUGGCCCGGCAGUACAUUGCACUACCUCGAGGCGGUGUCUGAUGUGCGAGGUGACGACUGGGAGAUUGAAUACAAGGGGAACCGCUUCGCCUUUCUCGGCAAUGGUUUCUCUCAGACCGAGGUGGACGACACGGCCGACUUUGCAUAUUACAUCAGAGACCACGACGAUGGCCCUUUCUUGAGCUUCAAGAAGAAUCUGCAGGCGCUUAAUAAGAGUGGCACGAUGGCUGGUCAAGCCAAAUUGAAUAUUAUGGUCAAGAGGGAGUCGAAUUUAUAG